UCAUGCUUAUUUGAGAGCCUCGCAUCUCUUUCACUCACGAGUCCCACCCAACUCCAACUCUUCAAUUUGUGCUACCUCUAUAUAAACACUACACUCUACAAAAGCUGAAACAUAUCUAGCUAAAAGAAGUAUAUUCAGACAAACAAUGGCGGAAGAAGAAGAAGAAGAGAAACAAACCCAAACAAGAAAAACUCAUCAUCCACUAUUAGGAAUAGGAAACAAAAACAAGAAUUAUAAAUACAGCCAUGGGUUUUCUUCAUCUGAUAUUCAAACAUUAAAUUCUAUAUGUGAGACGUUUAUUCCUUCUAUCCAACCUGAGAAUGAAAAUUUCAUUAAAGACCCAUCUGAGAUUCUUCAAUCCUUUUAUCUUUCGUCAGCUUCUCAACCUCCAAUAGCUGAUGAGGUAGCAGAAUUGCUGUUAAAGAGGGGUUUAAAAGAAGCUAUUUUUAUAGUGAGAUUAGCUUUAAAAUUACUCUCAACUAGAUUGGGAACUCUACUGCUAUGUGGGUUUAUAUGUUUAACUCCGAAUUUUCCUUUUAUUAAUAAUUUCUCACAAAUUUCUUUGGGAAACAGAGAAAUAAUUUUACAAAGAUGGUCCAGUGGAAGGUGUUUCUUCAAACCUCUGAGAAUGGUUUUUGUUUUGAUUAAAAUUCUCGGCUUCUUCACUUAUCUCACUCAGAUCGAUGAGAAUUUGAAGAACCCAGCAUGGGAAGCUGUUGGUUAUGAGGUGGAAAACAAUGAGAACUUAUCUGAAACUUGUAAGAAAAAGAGGCCUCUUGACAGAGGAAUAAUAGAAACUUCAAAUGAGACUGACGAUACCCUUAUUCAGUCUCUAACUCGAAAAGGCUUGAAAGUAACAGAAGAUGAAAGACAAAAUCUCUACAAGAUUGAAUGUGAUGUUGUAAUUGUUGGUUCUGGUUGUGGAGGAGGAGUUGUAGCUGCAGUUUUAGCAAAAUCUGGCCAAAAGGUGCUGGUUCUUGAAAAGGGGAACUACUUUGUACCCGAAGAUUAUUCAUCUCUUGAAGGUCCAUCUCUGGAUCAACUAUAUGAAUCAGGAGGAAUCUUGUCAACUUUAGAUGCUAAGGUUAUGAUCUUUUCAGGAUCAACAGUUGGUGGGGGCUCAGCAGUGAACUGGUCGGCAUGCAUCAAAACUCCAAGUUCUGUACUCCAAGAAUGGUCUGUGGACCAUAAAAUUCCACUUUUUGGAAGUUCCGACUACCUUGCUGCCAUGGAUACUGUGUGCAAACGAAUAGGUGUAACAGAAAACUGUAAAGUGGAAGGGUUUCAGAAUCAAGUAUUGAGAAAAGGGUGUGAGAAUCUUGCGCUAAAAGUUGAAACCAUACCAAGGAAUAACUCGGAGAAUCAUUAUUGUGGUUCUUGUUGUUAUGGUUGUAAGACGGGAGAUAAAAAGGGAACUGAUUCCACUUGGUUAGUUGAUGCUGUGGAAAAUGGUGCAGUAAUCAUAACUGGAUGUAAAGCUCAGAAAUUCAUAUUGGGAACAAACAAAACUACAGUUCAUACUGCUAAAAAGAAGAAAUGCAUUGGAGUCCUGGCAGAAACUAUGAACAAAAACAUCUCAAAAAGGCUUCAAAUUCAUGCUAAAGUUACAAUUUCAGCAUGCGGGUCUUUAUUAACACCUCCAUUGAUGAGAUCAAGUGGAUUAGAGAACCCGAAUAUUGGUAAAAAUCUUCAUCUUCAUCCUGUUCUUAUGGUGUGGGGAUACUUCCCACAAUCAAUACAUGACUUGAAAGGAAAAUCAUACGAAGGAGGAAUAGUCACAUCGCUACACAAAGUUGUUUCAGAUGAUUCUAAUGAUUUUCAGACCAUUAUAGAAACUCCUGCACUGGGACCAGGUUCUUUUGCUUCACUAGUCCCUUGGGUUUCAGGAGUUGAUAUGAAAGAAAGGCUUGUUAAGUAUGGAAGAACAGCUCAUUUAUUUGCAUUAGUAAGAGAUAGAGGAUCAGGAGAAGUGAAAUCUGAAGGAAGAAUAACUUACAGAGUAAAUAGGUUAGACAAAGAGAACCUGCGAAGUGGUUUAAGAACGGCGUUAAGGAUUUUGAUAAGUGCUGGAGCAGUUGAGGUUGGAACACAUCGAAGCGAUGGACAAAGACUUAAAUGUGAAGGGAUUAAGGAAAAGGAAUUGGAAGAGUUUUUAGAUACAGUAACUGUACCAGGAGGUCCUGGUUCCAAAGGAGAACAUUGGAAUAUGUAUUGUUCCGCCCAUCAAAUGGGUAGUUGUAGGAUGGGUGUUACUGAGAAAGAAGGGGGAGUUGAUGAAAAUGGUGAGAGCUGGGAAGCAGAAGGCUUAUAUGUAUGUGAUGCAAGUGUUUUGCCAACUGCUGUUGGAGUUAACCCUAUGAUUACUAUUCAGUCUACUGCUUAUUGUAUCUCAAAAAGACUUGCAGAGUCCCUUAAAAAGUAAUGUUGCCAGAAAGAUUAAAUAAUCGAUGUUUUUGUUAGUCUUGAUGUUUCUUUCAAGCUUCACAUUUUAAUAAACUUUCUUUGAAACUGUUGUAAUAAGCAUUUCUUUGAA